UUUAGUGACGAAGUUGAAGUAAAAGGACGCGAGGACUGCAAAGCAACAAAGAAAGGACGAGAUUACGAAAUUACACACGAACUUUGGUCACUGAGACUUUGGAGAACCUGGUUGUUGAUUUACUAGAACUCACUCCCCCUUGGGGAGUACAGGAGCGAGUCCAAGGUACAAAAGUCAUCAAUUGAAGUCUUAACAUGCUUUGGGUUACCUGUGGUUGAUCGAGCUUGGAUACUCGCCGGAACGAGGCUGUAAUUUAUCAAGCUUUCUGAUUGGCUAUUACUCAACGGUCAGGGGAUUUCAACUGAGCAUGGAAGCGACCAUCAACAACCCUGAAAAUUAACACCAAAAAUGUGAUAUCCUCUUUUGUUUCACAGGUUUUUAGCCACUUUCUAUCAGGAUAACCCUUCAAAUGCUAAGUUGCAGAAAAUGCCGACUUCAGGAGAGGCAAGACUUGUACGGAACGCUGCAAAGAAUCGUAAAGAACGGGUGCCAGUAGCUACAAAAGUCUCAAAAUUCAGAUCAAGAAUUCCUAGACCAACACAGCAGCAAAAGAGUGGAAAAGAAAAUAAAGAGCCGAGUCUGAAGAACAAUGAAACAAAACAGAGGAAACCAGUAAGCAAGGCCAAACCAGCUCCUGACUUUUCAAAGCUGCAUUCAAAAUGGGACAAUAAGCUACAAAAGGGUAAGGCUGUCUCAAAGAAGCCAAAUACAAAGGUUGAUGCAUUUGUAUUGGCUGAUAAAAGCAGCAUAACAUCAAAGCCAUUGCACACAGCCUAUGGUGGCAAGAAAUGUGUUGAUCCUGUGGAGAAGGAGGUCGAAUUUGAGAUUGACAACAAUGCCCUGCAAGGAAUUCUUAACAACACUGGGAUACAGGAAAAUCAACUUAAGCCUCAAGUGUCAUCUAGAACAAGCAAUGUGCGAACCUCUAUUAAUGGCAAGAGAACAUCUAUUUACUACAUGGGGGGUAGGGGAAGCACAUCACUCUAUCAGCGCAAUACUGGGGCAACUAGCCACCAGUUGAAGAUACCGCUAAGGCCUCUCAACCAGCAACAUAACAAGCCAGUUACUCAAGCUGCUGCUGCUGUUUCUGAUGAAGACGAUGAUGAAAUCUCCUUCAAGCCUGAUAACCAGGCCCUGAAGAGCAUUCUUAGUGGAGCAGGUGUGGAUGAGAAGCAACUCCAUCACCAGCAGGGUAGACACACCCUAGCCUCAUCUCGACUGAGCUCUGUCGGUAGAUCAAGGGCAAGCUGUUUUGAUGCACAGUCAUCAAAGAGGACAUCAAUUUAUUACACUGGUAGCAAGCCUAGUGGAUUUGGAAGGCCUUCUCUGGGCAGUUGUCGAGCCAUCAGUCAGAGUGGCUCUACUUAUACUUUGAAUGUUGGCUUCAAAGACAUUCAGACAAAAAAGCUCCAACUCACUGCAGAUAGUAUGCCAUUGUCAUCUGAAAAUCAAGGCUUUUCUGUUGGUGUACGAUUGCCGAAGCAAAAUGAAAACCCAUUGUCCGAUAUAACCACAAAAUCAAAUCAGCAACAUCGAUAUGUUGCAGGGUCAUCUGUUGUUGGGGUUCAGGACAAUUUUUACCCAGGGGUAGUUGAUCAGUCAAGCAUCGGUGCCGACGAGAGUGUCUGUCCAGACAUCACACAAUCUCGAGAAAGACAUCUGACUAAUACUCCAAUGGCCGUCAUGCACGAACAGACCUCUAACAAUCGCCACAGGCAGAAUAAGAUUGAUAACCCGACAGUCAGCUUCAACGAGAAGCGGAAAGCUGCGGAUAUAUUUGUUGCACCAUCUCGGGAAAGGCUUGAAACCAACGUUUCAGAAGCCGUUUUCAGUAGACCAGAUCAGGGAUUGUGCAGCAGGCUUUAUGCUUCUGACACACAAAACAGACAUAAUACGAACAUUGAUUUGUCGGCUAGAAACCACAAUAAGCAGGAAUCAAUCGCAACACCAUCUCGAGGAAGACUUGAGUCGAACAGCCGUAUCGUUAUUGGCACUAAACAAGAAAUGCCAUUCGAUGGCUUGCAAGCUGGUAAUCUGUUUAUCACACCGUCUCGCGGUAAAAUGGAAACAAAUGCUAUGUCAGCGUUAGGCAAUAGGCAACCUGUGCAAGAGAUGGGAACAGGAAGAUUGCAUUCCAUUGAUGCAUUUACACCUUCACGGGGGAAGCUAGACAUCAAGAUUCAGCAGGACAUCCAUACAGGGUACUCGCAGCAAGGAAUCAAAAUGCAAAAUCUAAAUAUCCGAGAUGCUUUCACAACCUCUUCACGUGGGAAGGUAGAGGAGCCUCGACCUGCUGAGAGCGCUAGAAAGCAGGUUACUUGGGGCGAUGUACUAUGUACACCUCAUGAAGAACACUUGGAAAAACCGAUUAGUUGUUUACAAAGCCGCACUACUGAACUGCAUUCUUGCAUGAAACAACUCAAAACCGCUUGGCCUUGUCCUGUCAGUGGUCGGCAACAAGACGACAUUGUACAGAAACUUUUUGAUGAGGAGGAAAAACCGGUACGGGACACAGAUUCGUCACAGGUCUACUCAAGAAAAUACUUAGAAAAGCGUCGGUGGAAUCAGUUGUCCAGUCCCGAUUCAACUCUAGGUAAUCCUUCCAAGGGUGAUUGCAGCAACGAGCAAACGUUGAGACUUGGACGCCAAGAUACAGUAUCGAUUCAUUCGCAAAAGACGCUGCCUUAUAGUUGCGGUAACACUUUGAACUUAGUUACUCCGAGGUUCCAAGAACAGUAUAAAAACCACAACCCGCAAACGCAUGAGUCAGCUUAUCUGAUCAACUCUACAUCAGGCAUCACAACUUCUAUGUCCAAUCAGAAUCGUGGCGAUGAGCCUCUUGGUUUGGAGUAUCCAAGGAAUAGCGUCACAUGGAACCUGGAGCAGACUCGGGAUGAAAAGGUGGUUGCAGAUAAUUCCAGCGUGCAACAGAAAUCUUUAUGUACCCCUUUAUUUCCAAAAACCAUGUCUAUCACCCUUAACGACGAGAGAGGCGCUAAACUAGAAAACGCAAGGGCUCUGUGUUCAUCUCAUACCGACCAACCCAAGGAUACUUGGCGGGCUCACCAAGACAUGGCAGUAGUUGGAUUUAGCAGGAAAGUGCAAAAUAAUACACCGGUGAGAUUGAGUGGAGCCCAGACUAUCAUACCCCAUGGUCUCCCCACUACCCAACGUGAUGUGAACGGCGCUAUGUCAGGGAGAAUGGACAUAAGAACUACCCAACGUGAUGUGAACGGCGCUAUGUCAGGGAGAAUGAAUAUAAGAACUACCCAACGUGAUGUGAACGGCGCUAUGUCAGGGAGAAUGGACAUAAGAACUACCCAAUGGGAACACGAUGUUUACAGUAACCACAUUCCUGCUAGUGCUGCCAAUACUCUUUCUGAAAGUAAGGAGAUCCUACGCGCGUUCCAGCCGACGUCAAUCAACACUCCUUGUUUUACUCCAACCACAAAGCGUAUUCGCCCAGUAGGUAUGAAUAUUGCAGGCUUCCCUCGUCAGCUCCCUUCGCCUGGAAGAACACCUUCUUAUCCAGAAACGGCGAUAAGCAGGACCGCUGCCAUACCUCCUCCAGACUUUACCUCUACUCCGGCCCUAGAACAAGUUAACAAUCAUGAGAAACCUGGCUUUCGCUUGUAUAAAAAUGGAACUGUAGGCUCACAUAAUAAAGGUUUGUUUCGUGGUCCUGUCGAGGCUAGUGUCGAACCACUAGGGCGUGUCUCUGCCGUGAAAACAGAGAUGUCACAGGUUACUGAAGGACUUAGAGUAAGCACAUCUGCAGUAGAGGCGCGGCCAGAGUGUCCCCUGGAGGGGACGAAGCAAGUUACGGUAGACACUUGGUGUUGUAGCGAGCGGCUUGUUAUGAAAGGGAACUGUCUUUAUCAAGACGAACCUUCUAUACCGGCGCCCACGCCAGGAUUGAACAUUAAUUUACAAACAAGUGCAUUUAAACCUGUAGCAGACGAGUCUGCACAACCACCAUCUCGUCUGAACAGGAACGAUGGAGCCCGCAUAGGAAUUCAGGCAAAGCAGAGCCCGUCUAAUACGGCUACGAUGCUCAUGGAAAAUGCGCUGCUCGAUGCCGAGGUCACCUUGUACAGUAAUCUUGGAGGGAGACUAAAAAGCCUUAAACCGAAGAGAGAAUUGAACAAUCCUUUGGUUAGCACUUUAAACGGAUGCCAGCCCUGGGCCUUUCUUCCGAUGCGUGAACACGACGAGCUCAUGGCACGGAGGCUCUACGGAGUAGAUGAUGACAUUGUAGAAUAAAGAAUAAUUCCGUCUUAGCUGAAAGCAGAUAAUUUAGGGUUUUUUACCAAAAAAAAGUGUGACAAUAUCGUUAAAAUAACACUGUGUAAAUUAGAUGAAUAGGUGCAAUAAUUAUUAAAAACUUUUCGUUACUUUGUUA